CCAAGCGUAGUUCACUUUUCACAUACUAAGGAGCUUCUGAGGAAGGUCCAGCCACCUGAGUCAAACUGAAGUGGAUAACUUCACGCAGGACGGUGCAUUGGGUGACUGCAGAGACCAUGAUCGACUUAGGUUUUCUGACAGACGAAGAGAAGAAGACCAUUAUGUCUGUGCUGAAAAGAGAUGCCGAGCUGAAAAAGGCUGAGGAGAAACGGGUCCAGAACCUACAGAGGACUGUUGCAGAUAAAAUUCAGCUAAAAUACCUUACUGGAGAAUGGUUCUAUGAGACCAAGCAGCUUCGUCAUCAAGAGUGUGUCCAUGCCCCCGAGGUCAUCAGGGCCUCCAUGAGACACACGUCUAAGACACUGACUAUAGAUGAGAUCUCUCACAUAAUGUCUGAAAAGUCCAGUUUUGUAACCAGUGAAAAAAGAGAAGCGUUUGACCUGCCUGCUCUCUGCAGUGAAGAACCCAAGCUGGAGCUCAACACUGAUGGGCAUGAAAUUGAUCAUUUCUAUAAAACCUUAAGUGAUGCUCCAACAGUUGUGUCAUCAGCACGAAUGAAAGUGAGAAGGAAUCCAUUUAAUAGUGAACAGAUUUUUGAGGAAAACAAAAUCCAGUUAUUGGAUGAAGCAACAGCUCUGACCUUGUCCCAAAACCAGAUUGUAUCGGAGCAAUCCGAUCCGGAGCCACUAGUUCUGGAUAGUACACUAGUGGCUCACGUGCAGCCCACGUAUGUUUUGGCUGCACAUGACCCAGAUAAGCAUGUUCAGGGGCACAUAAAGUCUGAAGAGGAUUGUCACUGCAGUUCUGAAGCCAGGCACAACAUUUACUCUCUUGAAACGUCCUCACAAAGCUGUGCUGAAAACCCUAUUACAUCAGCACUGGCACAAUUAUCCUCAAGAGUCAUCUCUUCAUCUAAGAGUUUGGAAAAUUUCACCUCAGAAAAAAUUCAGGUUCUUUCCAACUCCACUGCCAUGAAAAGCAGUUUUUCUGUGCACAGUCUUCAGCAGCAAAAGACAGAUUACGACAGCCCAUCAAGAAGCACCUGGAGUAGCAGGAUAAAUGCCAACAGUUCCAAUUCAAGUCUGUCCUCAGCAAUGGCCUCCAUAUCAUCUAUGAGCAGCAGCAUAAGCACCAUUGACCCUUUAGACAUGGAAGUCCAAGGAAGCAUUCAGUUUGCUGUGAACUACAUCCAAAAGAUUGAAGAAUUUCAGGUAUUUGUGGUAAAGUGCAGUGGAUUGGCUGUGACUGAAACCAAAAAGAAUUAUGACUUGUAUGUGAAGUGCUACCUUGUUCCUGAUAAUACACGAUUGGGCAAGAGAAAGACCACAGUUAAAAAGAAGACAUUUCAUCCAACAUACAAUGAAGUUCUUAAGUUUAAAAUUAGUCUUGAAGAGUUGAAAAAGCAGAUCUUGAACGUCUCAGUGUGGCACAAUGACCUUUUUGGGCGGAACGACUUCCUGGGUGAUGUAGACUUGGAUUUGUCUGAAUGGGACAUUGACAACACAGAGAUAAAUGAAUAUGCAUUAAAAGCCAAGGUUCCAGCAGAAAUAUUUGAACAACUUCCUUCAAACCUAAAAGAAAAUGGUGGAAAGAUGAGAGUGGCCCUGAAAUUUGUGUCACAGACAAUCAAGGGUAAGGGAAAUAAAAGAGGAGAGGCUGGGGAGCUGCUAAUUUGGGUGAAAGACUGCAAGGAUCUUUGUCCAGUCAUAGGAGUCAACAUCAACCCCUUGUUAAAGUGCACUGUUCUUCCAGACACAAGUCGGAAAAACCGACAGAAGACACGGGUCGUAAAAAGAACAGCUAAUCCUUUGUUCAACCACACCAUGAUGUAUGACGGUUUCCGGUUGGAGGAUCUUGGAGAGGCCUGUGCAGAGAUAACAGUAUGGAAUCAUAAUCGGCUGCAAAACCACUUCAUAGGUGGUGUAAGGCUUGGACCGGGGACAGGAAAGAGUUAUGGAGUGGAAGUUGCUUGGAUGGAUUCAACAACAACUGAAGCAAACUUAUGGUGCAAGAUGCUACAGUCAAAUGGAGAAUGGGUGGAAGAUAUUUUGCCUUUGAGAAUGUUGGUGAUGGCAAAGAGCAUGUCGGCCUGAUACAAUAUAAUGUGGGGGAGCAGCAGCAUAACACUAUUAUGUAUAAGUUAUGUGUAUAUAUAUAUGUUACCUUAGUUACAGAAAUGUGAAAUAGAUGCCACAUAAUAUCUAACUGGUGAAUGAUAGUUCCUAAGAUAAAAGCGUCCAAAAAACACACAACAAAAUUAUGACCAUUAUGAUACAAACACGAUUUGAAUAUACCGAUUAAAUGUGUGAUUUUUACUUUUCAUUAUCUGUGAUGCAAUGAAAUUAUUUCGUAUUCUUUCAUUCUGUGUCACUGAUGCACUUCAGUGACACAGACUUCUUAAUAAAUUCAUAAUUAUAAUUUUCAGUCACUGUUUACAUUCUGAUUUAUUAUCUCUGGCAGAAUUAUGAUGUAUGUCUGACAUCAACGACUAAAAACCAAAUAAAAUGUGACACGAAGUUCAAAUGGCAAAUGCUUUGAAAACCACUGGAUAUGGAAGUGGCACAAAUUGGAUUUAUGUUUUGGGUUAAAAGAUCAUAAUUGGGCCACUCAGAAAAAAGCAGGGGGAAAAAAGCUGAUUUGGGUAGCAUUCUCGAUGCCAUCUUUUCUUUUUAAAGGUUUUAUUGGUUCGAGUGAUCUGUAUUGGAGAGUGGUCAGACAGGAAAGUGGGUAAUGAGAGAGGAAAGUGGCAAAGGUCAUUAGCCUGAGAACUAAGGCCUCCGUGCAUGGACUGCGCUUUACCCCUGUGCCACCGCAGCACAUCCCUACUGUCUUUACUAUCCUUAAACAGUAAACUGUUGCCCAUAAACGUAGUCCGCCACUAUUCAUGAAAUGACGUUGACAGUCUCUAGCGGUAACAAUGUAUAUUUUCUUAGCUUGGUGA